AUGAAUCGGCCAGAUUUCAUAGACAGAAGUGCGAAACGACAGACUUGCAUGCAAUUCAUUAAUCAAACAAGGACAAUCGAACGGGCAACCAAACGCAAGUUGCUGUCACAGCAAAUGGGACGGCAGCAGGCGUUAAACGCUCUAAGCAGUGCGGAGGUGCAGCAGCUCGCGAGGGAACUCGCUGGGCAGCUUAGACGCAAGAAUGUUGGAUCAAAAUUUAUAAGUGAACACGAAAUGAAGAAACAUUCUGAAAAAAUCUACAAGUCUUUGCCGGAAGUAGUGAAAAAGAAAGAGGAAUUGAAAAAAGAAAACGCGAAAAAGACAAAUUUGUUGAUGGCUAAUAUAUUUAAAAAGAAUCUCCAGAAGAAGACUCUUUGCGGAUCUGUCAACCUGUCAAAUUACAGCACCGUUCUAAAGAUU